AGCAAAGUAUUCGUGCCAUUGGCAAUCGCCAAUCGGCAUCUUCCCGGGCCCGGUAUAAUAUAUGGGUAAGGGGAACUCGAAGAAGACCCAUUCACUAAUCUGUAAUCGUUGCUGCUGGUGAGUGACGAAAGAAGAUGAGCGGAUCUUAUUUCAUUCCUCUCCUUUUCCUUUUGUUGUCUGUUACUGCUGAAGCUUCUUUCUGCUCCACCAAAGGAAUACCGUUAGUGAGGAAUAUUAGUGAACUUCCACAGAGUAACUAUGGAAGAGGAGGCUUAUCACAUAUUACUGUUGCAGGUUCACUUUUGCAUGGGAUGAAAGAGGUUGAGGUAUGGCUGCAAACAUUUGCUCCUGGAUCACGGACACCUAUUCAUAGGCACUCCUGUGAAGAAGUAUUUAUUGUCCUGAAGGGGAGUGGGGUUCUCUAUCUGGCAUCAAGUUCACAUGAGAAAUACCCAGGAAAACCACAUGAAUAUUCCAUCUUUUCAAACAGCACAUUUCAUAUCCCUGUAAAUGAUGUCCAUCAGAUCUGGAACACGAAUAAGGAUGAGGAUUUGCAGGUUCUAGUAGUAAUAUCUCGUCCACCAGUGAAAGUGUUUAUAUACGAGGACUGGAUAAUGCCCCACACUGCAGCCAAAAUGAAGUUCCCUUAUUAUUGGGAUGAAGAGUGCUUCCAUACACCAAAAGAUGAGCUGUGAUUUCUGGUGGCAUUGGCACUCCAGUGAAUUUGGUUGGCAUACUGUGCACCGUAAGAUGAGUCAUGCUGCAUCGAGGGGAAGCAAUGUAGAAAGGGAAAAUUUAAUAUAAAAAUGAAGAGGGAGUUCAUAAUUUUUCUCAAUUUCCUCCAUUUCCUGUGUUUCUGGUUUCAUGUACAGUGAGAUAGCUGGUAUUUCGUCAUCAAAUCAUUCUCUAUCAAUCCCAUACCACUUAAGAGCAUC